AUGUCAGAUGAGUUAUAUUAUGAUUUUAAGGAUAAAAAGAAUUUAAAAAUUAAAAAAAAAAUGGAUGAAAUGUUUUUCUCUCAUAAAAAUAUGGAUGUUUUUCAGAAGUCUUCGGACAUAUUUAAGAAUCCUUUAAUAUCUAUUAAUAGACAAAAGAAUUUUACUAGUUAUCCUGUUCGUCUUCCUAAAACUACAAUGACUGGACGCAAACUUCUUGAAAAUGCACUUAAACGAUAUAAUAAUAUUAUUUAUCCUAAAACCCCAAGUUCUUUAAUGUCUUCAUGUUCUCAGAAAACAUCUUUAUUUCAAGAUAUUUAUAAUUUUCAGACACCUUUUACAAAAAGAAAAUAUUAUUCAUUAAAAUUAAAUGAUUCAAAUAAUAAAUCAGAUUCUCAAGAUGAUAAUUAUGAGUUUCAUGAUAAAAGGACCUUUGAAGAUUAUUAUACACAGAAUAUACGAAAGACUAACAAUCUGUUUUCACCAUCAUUUUCUUUUAUGAAUCCAUCUCUAUCAAAGAAUAAUGAUUCUUUAAGUUCUUGUUCUUUAAAGACACAUAAAAAACAAUUACAAGAUCAAACUAAAUAUAUAAAUGAUUUUCAAAAACAUCGGUUUAUGAAUGAUAAUGAAUCUUUUGACGAUUUAAUAAGGCAAUUAAAAGAAUAUUAUAAAGAUGAAUCCCUUUAUAAUUGGAAAAAUCUUCAAAAAGAAAAGCAAAAAAGAGAUUAUGAAAUUCAAAAAUUAAAAGAUCUUUCUAUAAAAUCUUUGGACAAACCUCCUCCACUAUCUAAAGAAAUUUUAAAAAAAGUAGAAGAAGCACUUUUUUCCAAUGCAUUAAAAAAUCCUUUGAUUGUAAAAUUUAAUAUAUCAAUUACUCUACGUGAUAUUAGAACUUUAAGAGAUAAAGAAUGGCUUAAUGAUGAGAUUAUUAAUUUUUAUAUUGCUCUUAUAUCUGAAAGAGCUAAAGCUACACCUAAAGGCCCAAAAGUUUAUGCUUUUAAUACUUUUUUUUAUACAACAUUGGAAAAAAAUGGAUAUCAAGGAGUACGACGUUGGACGAAAAGAGCAAAAGUUAAUAUUUUGGAACAAGAUUAUGUCCUUAUUCCGAUUCAUCUUGGAAUUCAUUGGUGUAUGUCAAUUAUUAAUUUCAAAAAGAAAAGAUUUGAAUAUUGGGAUUCUCUUAAUGGAAAAUCUGGAAAAGUAUUUCUUCUUUUAAGAGAUUAUUUAUUUCAAGAAUCCGGCAAUACUAUUAAUCUUGAUGAUUGGAUUGAUUAUAUUCCAGAGUCUGGCCCAAUACAAACAAAUGGUUAUGAUUGUGGUGUCUUUGCAUGCAAAACUGCUGAAUGUAUUGCUCGGGAGGGAUCAAUUGAUUAUACACAAGAUGAUAUUAAAGAACUAAGGAAACGAAUGGUUGCAAAUAUUAUUGAAGGAAGGCUUUUUUGA